GCUUUGCCUACUCUGCGCAGCGCUGGGAUGGCGGCGACAUCGCCAGCAGGCGGUGACGGCAGCACGAACGAGCUGGGAGGCGCAAGCGACGGCCCCCAAGGUGGCAGUGCCACGGAUCUUCUACGCAUCCAGGACCCACACCCAGCUGCGGCAGGUCAUGAGUGAGCUCAAGCGCACCUGCUACAAGCCCUGGAGUGUCGUGCUGGGCUCCAGACA